UCUUCUCUCUUCACCACUUCUUUUUUUUCCCUCCGUUCUCGCUUCCUCCUUUCCUUCUCUCUCACCCUUUCUUUUAGCAUUCGCACACACACAAGUUCAGUCCCUGCUCUGUGUGCCUUUUCUAUCCUUUCUCUUCUUGCUUGGAUUCAUUCUAUUCCCAAAUUUUCCAUCUAAUCUUUGAAUCACUUGAAUCGUCACCAUGGAACUCGCUGCAAAGGCCUGCCCCUUCCUUCGCAAUUCCACUCCUUCUGCCCUCCGCACGCUUUCUCAGCGUCCUGCAAAGACUGCCAUGGCCUCUAACGGACUUGUCCACAUGGCCCAGCAGUGCCCUGUCAUGGGCAAGGCCAUGACCAUUCAAGCCAGAUCGGCCAUGAUGACAAGCUCUUGCCCCGCUUCGGCCGGAGCUCGAUUCUUCAGUGUCUCGGCUACAAAGCUAAAGCCCGAAAAGAGCCACGUUCUCGGAUAUGCAACUCCUGUCUCUACCAAUGACAUUAAGGCUUCCGUUCAGCAUGAGCUUCACAAGGCUAAUCCCGCCCCUGGUGCAGCCUGCCCAUUCAAACCAGCAACCACGACUGCGACUCCUGUCUCGCAUACUGCCCCUACUGCAGGCCAACCCUUCGAUUACGAGGCUGUGUAUGAAGCUGAAUUACAAAAGAAGCACCAGGACAAGUCCUACCGCUUCUUUAACAACAUCAAUCGUUUGGCCCAACAGUUCCCACGUGCGCAUACUGCCAAGCUCGAGGAUGAAGUCACCGUCUGGUGCUCAAAUGACUACUUGGGCAUGUCCAAGCAUCCCGUCGUCGUCGAGACCAUGAAGGCCACUCUGAGCAAGUAUGGUGCUGGCGCUGGUGGCACCCGUAACAUCGCUGGUAACGGUGCCUUGCACCUAGAGCUCGAGCAAGAAUUGGCCAUGUUGCACCACAAGCCCGCUGCUCUUGUCUUUUCUUCUUGCUAUGUGGCUAACGAUGCUACUCUCAGCACUUUGGCUCAAAAGCUUCCCAACUGUGUUAUCCUCUCGGAUGCAAUGAACCAUGCAUCCAUGAUCCAAGGUAUCAAACAUUCUGGCGCCAAGAAGAUGAUCUUCCGUCACAACGACACGGCCCACCUUGAAGAACUCCUCCAAAGCCUCGAUCCUUCCAUCCCUAAGAUCAUUGCGUUCGAGACCGUGUAUUCAAUGUCUGGUACUAUUGGCAAGGUGGAUGAGAUCUGUCGUUUGGCCAAAAAGUAUGGAGCCAUCACUUUCUUAGAUGAAGUCCACGCCGUUGGCAUGUAUGGUCCUCAUGGUGCUGGAGUUGCUGAGCAUCUUGACUUUGCUGAAAAUUUCCAUCGCCCACAAGACAGCCCUGUUAAGACCGUUAUGGAUCAGGUUGAUAUUAUCUCGGGCACCCUUGGAAAGGCCUAUGGUGUCGUUGGAGGCUACAUCGCAGGCUCUGCUGCUAUGGUCGAUAUGAUUCGCUCCUAUGCUCCUGGAUUCAUCUUCACCACCUCAUUGCCACCUGCUAUUGUAGCAGGUGCUUCUGCCUCUAUUCGUUACCUUCGCAACUCUCUGAGUGAACGCAUUGGACAGCAGACUAACACCCGCACAUUGAAGGCACAGUUGGCUGCUCUGGAUAUCCCUGUCGUUCCUAACCCCUCCCACAUUGUUCCUGUUUUGGUUGGAAAUGCAGAGGUCUGCAAGGCUGCCUCAGAUGAGCUUCUCCGCUCGCACGGAAUCUAUGUUCAGAGCAUCAAUUACCCCACUGUCCCUCGUGGUGAAGAGCGCCUCCGCAUCACUCCUACUCCUGGCCAUACUGAGGAGAUGAUGGACCACUUGGUUCGCUCUUUGGAGAGUGUCUGGCAGCGAAAUGGCCUGAAGCGCACUUCAGAGUGGAAGGCGACUGGUGGUCGUGCUGGUGUUGUUGAAGGUGCGGUUGAGCCAACUCCUAUCUGGACUGACGAGCAGCUGAGCCUUUCCGCUGAAGCCACUGGAGCUCGUAAGGUCAUUGCUGGAGAACUUCUCAUGGAUUUCCAUAUGAGACAACAGACCUCUGCCGCUCAAUUGUAACAAGUUUGCAAUAACAUUGUAACAAGUUUGCAGUAACAAAUAUUCAGAGAGUAUAGUUGUUAUAUUUAAAGCUUGCAGAGACAAUAAAGAUGAAAAAAUAAUGUGCUAGAUAACUGUGUACGGUUGCGCCAAAUCUAGAAGCCUUUCAUUGAUGUCGCAUUACAGGUGAUCCGUUAUAGCCGCGAUAAAUGCCUUGAAUUGUCAUCCUAAUUUCAUCCACAGAAGCGCUUAACAUAAUAAAAAAGUGAG